AUGUUAAACGGGAAGAUUUUGUUCUGCGUGGUUUUAGUUGCUGCGUGGAACGAAUCACAGUCUGCGAGCCUACCAUUCCUGACGUCACACCUUGGUGACAUAUACGAGCCCUAUGAAGGAGGCGAGAACACCGACAUACGGGCACCAGCGGUGAUUAUGAGAGCUAAAGUGAGGGAAGGAGUUCCACCUCCCCUCUGCGCUGGGCGGUGCAGAGCCCCGCCUGUUGGUCCAGUAUGUGCAUUCGAUGCUGCGGGUACGGCGCGAACCUUCGCUACGAUAUGCGAGCUGGAAGCAGUAUCAUGUCGCGAGAGCACGUAUUACGCGAUGACCAGUCUAGGAGAAUGCUGA